UCCUGCGGGGCGGCGGCGGCGGCGCCGGCAGCCGGGCGCAAGAUGAUGAAGUUUCGGUUCCGGCGUCAGGGCGCCGAUCCGCAGCGCGAGAAGCUCAAGCAGGAACUCUUCGCCUUCCACAAGACUGUGGAGCAUGGCUUCCCCAACCAGCCCAGCGCCCUGGCCUUCGACCCCGAACUCCGCAUCAUGGCCAUCGGCACCCGGUCUGGGGCUGUCAAGAUCUAUGGUGCGCCCGGCGUGGAGUUCACAGGCCUGCACCGCGACACAGCCACUGUCACCCAGAUGCACUUUCUGCCGGGCCAGGGCCGCCUCCUGAGCCUGCUGGACGACAGCAGCCUGCAUCUCUGGGAGAUCGCCCCCCGUGAUGGCUGCGCCCACCUGGAGGAGGCGCUCAGCUUCCAGCCGCCCAGCCGGCCCGGCUUCGACGGCGCCAGUCCUCCGCCCAGCCUCACCCGAAUCACGGUGGUCCUGCUGGUGGCUGCUAGCGACACGGCGGCCUUGGGCACCGAGGGUGGCAGCAUCUUCUUCCUGGAUGUACCCACCCUGACACUGCUCAACGGGCAGACCCUGGGUCCUGACGAGAUUCUGCGCAGCGUGCCGGAGGACUACCGGUGCGGGAAAGCGCUCGGCCCCGUGGAGUCGCUGCAGGGACACCCUGGGGACCCCGCCAAGAUCCUCAUCGGCUACAGCCGGGGCCUGCUGGUCAUCUGGAACCAGGCUGCACGGUGUGUGGACCAUCUCUUCCUGGGGAACCAGCAGCUGGAAAGUCUGUGCUGGGGGCGUGGCGGCGGCACCGUCGUCAGCUCGCACAGCGACGGCAGCUAUGCUGUCUGGGCCGCGGACACUGGCGGCGCCGUUACGCUGCAGCCCACCUUGGCCACUACGCCCUACGGCCCCUUCCCGUGCAAGGCCAUCAACAAGAUCCUGUGGCGGAGCUGUGGAUCUGGGGGCCACUUCACCAUCUUCAGCGGGGGCAUGCCGCGCGCCAGCUAUGGCGACCGCCACUGCGUCAGCGUGCUGCGGGCCGAGACGCUGGUGACGCUGGACUUCACCUCGCGCGUCAUCGACUUCUUCACGGUGCACGGCACCAAGCCCCAGGAUGACUUCGACGACCCCCAGGCCCUGGCCGUGCUGCUGGAGGAGGAGCUGGUGGUGCUGGACCUGCAAACGCCCGGCUGGCCGGUCGUGCCCGCCCCGUACCUGGCCCCGCUGCACUCGUCCGCCAUCACCUGCUCCGCCCACGUAGCCAGUGUCCCGGCCAAGCUCUGGGCCCGCCUCGUGAGCGCCGGCGAGCAGCAGAGCCCCCAGCCCGCCUCCAGUGCCCUGAGCUGGCCCAUCACCGGGGGCCGGAACCUGGCCCAGGAGCCGGCGCAGCGAGGGCUCCUGCUCACUGGCCACGAGGACGGCACCGUGCGGUUCUGGGACGCGUCGGGGGUGGCACUGCGGCCGCUGUACAAGCUGAGCACGGCCGGCCUCUUCCAGACGGACUGCGAGCACGCCGAUAGCCUGGCCCAGGCGCCCGAGGACGACUGGCCGCCCUUCCGCAAGGUGGGCUGCUUCGACCCCUACAGCGACGAUCCCCGGCUCGGCGUGCAGAAGGUUGCGCUCUGCAAGUACACGGGCCAGAUGGUGGUGGCCGGCACCGCGGGCCAGGUGCUUGUGCUGGAGCUCAGCGACACGCCGUCGGAGCAGGCGGUGGGCGUGGCCAGCGUGGACCUGCUGCAGGACCGCGAGGGCUUCACGUGGAAGGGGCACGAGCGGCUGAGCCCGCGCACGGGGCCCCUGCCCUGGCCUGCCGGCUUCCAGCCCCGGGUGCUGGUGCAGUGCCUGCCCCCCGCCGCCGUCACCGCCGUCACGCUGCAUACCGAGUGGAGCCUCGUGGCCUUCGGCACCAGCCACGGCUUCGGCCUCUUUGACUACCAGCGCAAGACUCCUGUGCUGGCCAGGUGCACCCUUCACCCCAACGACUCCCUGGCCAUGGAGGGGCCGCUGUCACGCGUGAAGUCACUCAAGAAGUCGCUGCGCCAGUCUUUCCGGCGCAUCCGCAAGAGCCGUGUCUCGGGCAAGAAGCGGGCUGCCACUGCCAACAGCAAGCUGCAGGAGGCCAACGCACAGCUGGCGGAGCAGGCCUGCCCCCACGACGUGGAGAUGACGCCCGUGCAGCGCCGCAUCGAGCCCCGCUCGGCCGACGACUCCCUCUCGGGCGUGGUGCGCUGCCUCUACUUCGCCGACACGUUCCUGCGAGAUGCGGCCCACCACGGGCCCACCAUGUGGGCAGGCACCAACUCGGGCUCUGUGUUUGCCUACGCGCUGGAGGUGCCGGCAGCCUCGGCGGGCGGAGAGAAGCGGCCCGAGCGGGCGGUGGAAGCCGUGCUGGGCAAGGAGGUGCAGCUGAUGCACCGGGCGCCCGUGGUGGCCAUCGCCGUGCUGGAUGGGCGCGGCCGCCCACUGCCCGAGCCCUACGAGGCCUCUCGGGACCUGGCGCAGGCGCCCGACAUGCAGGGGGGCCACGCCGUGCUCAUUGCCUCCGAGGAGCAGUUCAAGGUGUUCACGCUGCCCAAGGUGAGCGCCAAGACCAAGUUCAAGCUGACGGCCCACGAGGGCUGCCGCGUGCGCAAGGUGGCCCUGGCCACGUUUGCAAGCGUGGCCUGCGAGGACUAUGCCGAGACGUGCCUGGCCUGCCUCACCAACCUGGGGGACGUGCACGUGUUCUCAGUGCCCGGCCUGCGGCCCCAGGUGCACUACGCGUGCAUCCGCAAAGAGGACAUCAGCGGCAUCGCCUCCUGUGUGUUCACUCGGCACGGCCAGGGCUUCUACCUGAUCUCCCCGUCCGAGUUUGAACGCUUCUCCCUGAGUGCCCGCAACAUCACCGAGCCGCUGUGCUCGCUGGACAUCAGCUGGCCCCGAGAUGCUCGCCGGGCCAGGCUGCAGGAGUCGCCCAAACUGAGCCAGGCCAACGGGACCCCAGGCAUCAUCCUGGUCCCCCAGAGCUGCGAGGGAAGCCCUGAUCCUGCCCACAGCCAGGGAGCUGACACCCCCGAGCCGCCCGAGGCCACACUGUCACCCAUGUCUCUGGACUCAGCCACCAGCGCGGACACGACACUGGACACCACAGGGGACGUCACGGUGGACGAUGUGAAGGAGUUCCUGGGCUCUCCCGAGGAGGCGGAGAAGAACCUGAGGAACCUGUCGGGGGACGAGGCCCACGCCUGCGCCAUCCUGAUCAAGUGAGGGGCCGCGGGGCCCUGCCCAGCGCCCCCCGCCUCCCUGGGGCCUCGCAGUGAUUUUCAUAGCGGAGGGUCAGGAAGGCAGCGCAGGCCGCCCUUGGACUCACAGGUGUGUGGGGGAUGGGGCCCGGCCGACGAGCGAGGGUCCCGCCAGCGGAGCCAGCCUGGCUCGGCCCUGCCCGUGGGGGUCUGCGCUGGGCAUGGACGGUAGCCGGCACCUCCUUGCUGGUGCUGAGGUCACUGCCGCUGUCCUGCGUGGGCCAGCGCACAGGGCUGCCCGCCUCCUGCUGGCCCCUCCCCAUUCCCUAACACAGACCCGCACCUGCUAACCUGGGGCUGGAGUGGGCCCCGAGCCAGGCAGCCUGGGGUGGCACCGGGGUGCACUGGGCCACCUCCCCGCCCCCCUCCCUCCGCAGAGUAUUUUUCUAACGCCUGUGCUGGCCUCCACGGUCAUUUCUGAAACUAUUUUGGUACUUGCUCCUGGGCCAGCCCUAUGCGUGCGUGCGAACCUGGGACCGCUGAGGCCCGGUCAGGUGUGUGCGUGUAUGUGUGUGUGUGCGGGGAGUCAGGGGCGGGCCCUGUAGAUUGUACCUUGGGGGGAUCUUUUUCUGUCAUUUUGUUAAAAUUAGUGGUUUUAGUAUUAAAAAAUACUGAUUUUUUUAAUAUUGAAAAUAAAAGCAUUUACUAUCU